UCCUGUUUUUUCUGUGCACUUGAGCGUUCACUUCAGAGCUCAUUGCCCUGCUGUGGCCAUUCCUUUGUUUGACUGACUGCACUUGUUUUUUGCGGUAGCCCUUCCAAUGCAGCCUUUCCGUGGCCAAUUGGCCCAGGUGCCCUGCUGCUCUGCAGACUUUUUCUGUGCACUCAUAAUGGGCUGUCUGAGGCAACAGCUUCUCUCACUGAGCCUGCUGGAGGCUUUUCCUCAAGAAUUCUACCUGAUUGAUGUCCUUCCACUUUCCAAGUCAGGAAUUCUUCCAAGGAGUUCCUUUUUUCAGGUUUCUUUUUUCCUGUGUUCCUGACUACUGCCUGGUUACCAUUGGUCUCUAUACUGUAAUAAGGUCAGGUCUGCACUCAGAGCUCAUGAGCACAGUACAGAACUUUCAACCACAAUAAUCAUUGAUAUCUAUAAAAGGAACAUGGGUUUUACCAGGAAAUUCUUAGCUGUUAUUCAAAACAUCAGUAUUCAUCUGGGUAAUACAAGGAAAAUUAUUCUUUUGGGGGCAGCAGGCCUUUUCCUUUUGGUAUCCAUGAUAAUUCUAGGUUGGCAGAUCUACCUUUACUGUAAACACAGAAAAGCGAAGAAAAUUAAAGAAAAAAUUGCUGUGAGUGGGACUGAUCCCAAUAAACAAUAUACGGAAAAAAGCAACUUAUCAACAUGCAGCAACUCCACAGAUUUCCUGGGUUUGUCCGAUGAAGAUGAGUAUUCGGGCACGAAGGAGUAUGAUUAUAGGGUACGUGACUCUCAGGUGUACAAGCUCCAAGAGAGUAUACAAGAGCUAAGCCUUUAUCUUCAAAGGAGUGUUGAUUUUAAACUGAUUCAGUCAAAUGAUGAUCUUGUCGUUGACUCAAAAGUUGAGCUUUCAGGCAAUUUGAAAUUUUCCCUCUUAUAUAAUAAAAAACAGUCAAAAUUACAACUGACAGUUAAAGAAGCUUCUAAUCUUCCUGCUCGACACUUCAAUCAGCACACCAAUUUUUUCAUUCGGAUAAAGCUAUUUACCAGUUUACCUCGAUACCAAUGCAUCCUUCACCAAUGGGACACAAAGAUUGUGAAAAAUACGAGAAGUCCCUCUUUUGGAGACCAAUUUACCUGUUUUAUUGAAAAGACUGCCUACAGGAAGGCUACUUUAAAACUUGAGGUUUGGGAUUUUGACAAAUAUUCUCGGCGUGAUGUUUUAGGAGAGGUGCGCUUGUCAUUUAGUGACUUGGAGUUAUCCAGCACAGCUGAAUUCUGUGAGAAGUUACAGAAGGUCCAAAAGGAGGUCAUUGGGGAAAUUUUUCUAUCGCUUAAGUAUCUUCCAACAGCCCGGAAGUUGGAAGUUGUCCUGCUGAAGGUGAAAACUGGCUGCUCGAGCACCAGUCCAGAUAUAGGUAUUUACACAAGAGUAGAUUUCUACGUCAAUCAACACAGAGUGAAGCACCAGAAAACACCAGCAAAGCUGAAGUCUGAAAUAACUGUGUUUAAUGAAGUUAUGCUUUUCACUGUGGCAGAUUCUGUUAUUAAUCAGUCCAUGAUUAUAACCUCUGUUUAUGAAACGUCGCUCUCCAAGGACAGUACAAGGCAUCUCUUAGGCCGUGCAUAUCUGGGAAGGAAGAAAUCCAAAGAGGAUGAUCACUGGCUCUCUAUGCUGCAAUGCUUACGGCAGCCUGUGUCAAAAUGGCAUCCCCUCUUAAUCUAAGCACGCCCUCUGGGAUCUGCCUUGCCAUCACCCUUAAUUAUCUUUUAAAGACAGCAGAAAUGUGGCACCAGGUGCCUAGAGCACAAAGCACACUCCUUUCAAGCUCACCCAAUUCUAUUUUGGGUUCAUUAUUAUGCCAAAAUAUCAACUGGACUUAGUUGAAAUAUUUAGAAAUCCUCAUGAAUUCAAAAGGAAAUAUUAAGUAUUAAAUGGAAUCAGAAGAUUAAUUCUGAAUCAAAAAAAAAAGCAGCUGGAUGCUAAUAAUUUUACAAACCGGCACUAUGCUUGGGGAUUAGUCUGCACAGUUAACUAAUCUUGGCACAAAGAGAAUCCACCAUUUCUGUUCAAUCGUCACUUUCUUUCUGGAAAUUUUAGAAAUUGCCAAGUGUGCUAGAAAAACACAAAGCUAAGCAGUUGUAGAAAAACUUCCACUGGAAAUGCUGACUGAAAGCUUGACAAUCACUAAUGUGUUAGCAGUAUUUUCACAACUGUUUUCAAUUAGGUUUGAUCAUGACAUCAUAGAACAUAGAACAUAGAACAGUACAGCACAGAACAGGCCCUUCAGCCCACAAUGUUGUGCCGACCAUUGAUCCUCAUGGAUGCACCCUCAAAUUUCUGUGACCAUAUGCAUGUCCAGCAGUCUCUUAAAUGACCCCAAUGACCCCAAUCAUGUUUUGUAUUUUUAAAUUUAUUAAAUCAAAUCACAAGAUCCAAUUUACAGCUUUUACGCCAAAUAGCUAGAUAGAAAAACCUGUGGAUUUCAAAUGUGUAAACACGAUGGCUCAGUGGUUAGCACUGCAGCCUCACAGCACCAGGGACCCAGGUUCGAUUCCAGCCUCAGGUAACUGUCUGGUUGGAGUUUGCACAUUCUCCCCGUGUCUGUGUGGGUUUCCUCCCACAGUCCAAAGAUGUCAGGCUAGGUGGAUUGGCUAUGCUAAAUUGCCUGUAAUGUUCAGGGGUGUGGGGGUAUGGGUCUGGGCAGAAUGCUCCGGGGCGCAGUGUGGACUUGUUGGGCUGAAGGGCCUGUUUCCACACUGUAGGGAAUAUAAUCUAAAAUUUGUGGAGUACAAGUUAGGAUGAAAAUAAAUUAAACACAAUUUCACGUAAAAGUCAGCGAUAAUGGGAACUGCAGAUGCUGGAGAAUCCAAGAUAACAAAGUGUGAAGCUGGAUGAACACAGAAGGCCAAGCAGCAUCUUAUGUAAAAGUCAGCUCUCUUAAAUUAAUGUAAAUACCAGAGAAACAUGCUUACCUCAAGGAUGUUUCUCCAUGGACAUGUUGGCAGUGUUUUUCUUAACUUGGCCAGAUUAUUACUUCUUCUAACUUUCCAGAAUAAAAAUCCAUUAUUUUCACAGUCCAACGAAAUGACUAUUUGCCUCUUUAGUGUACUACAUGAUUUGGCCAUCUGUUUUCUGUAGGCCUUGACUGAUUUUCAUUGACACUUUGACCUGUGGCCCAUAAAGCUCUGCCAUGCAGAUAUCAUACUUACGUGAAACACACAUUAGGGCACCAGAAUGCAUGGUUAGAGGCAGCAAUGGCUUAGAACACAACAUUCAGCAAUGAGGCAGCAUCUGCAGCAGGAGAAAAGAAGUUAACUUUUCACGUCAACGAUCAUUCAAAUCAAAUACUUCCAGAUAAUUGUAAGAAUACAGUACAACCAAACCAACUGUUUAAAACAGUAUUGUUCUUAUUAAUGAUAUUUGAUAUCCUAGCUGAAACAGCAAUACAGAUAACGACCCUGCACUUAUUGAAGCAGGGCAUCUCAUGCUGAGUGCCUCAUUUUUCAGCUCCAAGCAUUUUUCUGUCAUGACUUGCUGCAAAUGCAGGUUGAUAGUGCGAAGGGAAACUUGGUGAACAAUGGCACCGAAAGUGAAAUUCCUUAAUACAAUUAAGAAUACAGAAAAAAGCAGUAAACCUGGAGAAGAAAAUAUGGGGAACUCAACAAAGGUGAAGACGAUCAAUCGCUUA